AGGUGCACUCAACAAGCCAGUGAAGACCGCUGCCAUAUUUGAAGAGUGCGCUGUUACUCUCCUCAGAUCGAUUUUGUGUAUUAUUGUGAUAAUUGUAUACUUGGAGGAGUAUACAUGUGAGAGAUGUAAGGAGGGAGACCUCGACGCCAGGAUAUACACGCAGGAUUUACCCAAGAAGCCCCGAGAAUACUUUGCGAAGUGGUUAACGUGGGGAUUCAAAUAAGAGAUGGUGGACUGACUGCCCGAUACUUCAUGUUUUGACGGGAAAAGCCUCUUGUGAGGUGUUUACCGGCGCCUUGGAGUGCGAGGGGGAAUGAUCCGAGACACAGAGGUGGGGCGGGAGUGAGUGAGUGAGACAAGGUAGCGGUUAGAGGAAUUAGCGAUGUGAUAUUUGUGUUUUGGCUGAGUGUUUUGACCCUAGCGGGCGCGUCCACUGCACAGCGCGGGGGAGGAACCCUCCCAGGAGUCCUGCAAAACGUAAACAAACUGCGUCUUACCACCCAAAUUUUCUCCUCCUCGCUGGACAUGAACGCCCUCUUCAAUGACUCCCAACAAGAAAUCAUCAUUUAAAGGGCCGCUCGACACCAUCUCGUCCAAGCCGGAUUGAUCGCCGGGGUUUGGAAGCAGGGUUGAAAGACGGUGUGGAAGGGUUUGCUUUGUUGACAGGUCUCUGGUGCUCCACGAGCUGCUGGAACAUGGCGUUGGUCGCCACCUGAGGGGCCUCCUCCUCUCUCAACUGGAGGGAAUAUGCUUUUAUUGACCUCCUGCUCGCUCAUUACUGAACCAAUAUGCCGGAGACUGAGACGGCAGGCAUUGCACUACCAUUGAUUUUAGUUGCAAGGGGGCCAAGAAAGAAGAGGAGUGUAGUUUUAUUAUAUGCAUGGAUUGUAUGAUUAGAAGUGAAGGUUAUCACAUUUUAGUCCACUGAAAAGAUACAUAUCAUUGGAGUUCCGUGAAACUCUUAGACAUAAUAAUAAUAAGGAGACUAGUAUCUUAAGGUGUUGUUGUGUUGGAUUUUGGAAUUUUAAGAAGAUAAUAGUCUAAUUAUAUAAGACAGUGUAACUAAGGCCUGUGAUGAAGUGAUUCUGUGAUUUCUUAUGGGAAAAGUGAGCUGUGGAAAGUAUUUCAAAGAGGAGAAGAAAGAGACUAGUGUGAUAAGUGCACAGUACUUGAGGAGGUUCAGGUAAUUCCUGGACCACUGUGCACACUUUAGAAGUGUGAGCCUGGCAGGCGCCGGGAUAGCCAGCCUUGGGGAGCGCGAGUGCAGUGGUGGGGCCGGGCCGGGCCAUGCAGGCGGGGGUGCCAUGGUGCUGGUGAGUGGGGGAGGGGGGGACGGCUCGGGCGCCGCAGCAGCCGGUGGGCGAGUGGGCGGGGCGGCCGCUGCAGCCCAAGCCAUGGACAAGGCCUGGGGGGUGACCGUGGCCCCCCCGAAUCAGCACAAGCGCCAUGACCCCUGGCACAAACAUGAGCUGGCAGACAAGGAGAGAGCCAAGCAGAUGCGUGACAUGGGAGGAGGGUAUGGGGGUCGUCCAAACCUCCUGUAUGGCAAGUUGUGUUCUGAGGAUCAGCUGCAGCAGUUGGGGGUCUCGCUGGAGUACGUCCCACCUGAGGGUCAGCUGUCCUCUUCACAUCGAACCCCGCAGCAACCUCCUUCCCAUGGCUCGGUUGGUGGAAGUCAAAUAGCAGUUGGCGGUGGAGGUGCCUAUAAGUCAGUUCCAUUACAGGCCCUCCACCGCUCUCCAGCUGAGCGGAGGUACCGCGACCCAGCACAGGGCCCUUUACGGAAACUGUCAGUCGAUCUCAUCAAAACUUAUAAGCACAUAAAUGAGGUUUACUAUGCCAAGAAAAAGAAACGGGCCCAACAAACACAGGGCCAGAGUCCAAGUAUGCACAAAAAGGAGCGGAAGGUUUACAACGAUGGUUACGACGACGACAACCAUGACUAUAUGAUCAAGUCGGGAGAAAAAUUUGAAGAUCGAUAUGAAAUUGAUUCGUUAAUAGGCAAAGGCUCAUUUGGUCAGGUUGUAAAGGCCUUUGACCAUGAGGAGCAGGCUUGGACGGCCAUCAAGAUCAUUAAGAAUAAGAAACCAUUCCUCAACCAGGCGCAGAUUGAAGUGAAGCUCUUGGAGAUGAUGAAUCGAGCAGAUUCUGACAACAAGUAUUAUAUAGGUAAAGACAAGAUAGUACGUUUGAAGCGGCAUUUUAUGUGGCGCAAUCACCUAUGCCUGGUCUUCGAGCUGUUAUCUUACAACCUGUACGACCUCCUGCGCAACACUAACUUCCGUGGCGUGUCACUCAACCUGACUCGUAAAUUUGCGCAACAACUCUGUACCGCUCUCCUCUUCCUGUCUACGCCGGAGCUUCAAAUAAUCCACUGUGAUCUAAAGCCGGAAAAUAUUCUACUCUGCAAUCCAAAGCGGAGUGCAAUUAAGAUAGUGGAUUUUGGAAGUUCUUGUCAAAUGGGGCAGAGGAUAUAUCAGUACAUUCAGUCACGCUUCUACCGGUCACCUGAGGUAUUGCUAGGAAUUCCUUAUAAUAUGGCCAUUGACAUGUGGAGUCUUGGCUGUAUACUCGUGGAGAUGCAUACGGGAGAACCUCUCUUUUCAGGGGCCAAUGAGGUGGACCAGAUGAAUAAAAUUGUGGAAGUGUUAGGAAUGCCUCCCAAGCAUAUCCUAGACAUGGCCACAAAAGCUCGGCGUUAUUUUGAUAAAUUGCCGGACGGGACUUAUAUACUUAAAAAACCUAAAGACGGCAAGAAAUAUAAGCCACCAAUGAGUCGUAAAUUGCGGGACAUUAUUGGAGUUGAAAGUGGUGGGCCAGGUGGUCGGCGCUUGAACGAACAGGGUCACUCUGUUUCUGACUAUCUCAAAUUUGAGGAUCUGAUAAAGAAAAUGCUUGACUAUGACCCAAAGACGAGGAUUACUCCUUAUUACGGCCUGCAGCACAACUUCUUUAAACGGACGAGUGAUGAAUCCACAAACACUAGCAAUUCAACCAGUCCAGCAAUUGAACACACUGUGGCCUCUCCUAUCAGUCAUUCAACCUCACAACCUGUGGGUGUGUCAGGUCGUGCAAGAUCGGAUCCAUCUCACCACCACACUCACACUGGGCACUCUCAUGGAGCUAUGGACUGUGAGGUGUUCAGUCAUCAUGCAGCUCACCCUCCACAUCCAGCUCACCAUCCCCGUCAUGUGCACCCUCACCACGCCCACCGUUGUCGACCGCCAGAUCCUGGUGGACGACCCCAGCCCCAAGCCACAUCAUCCAGCGCAGCAGCUGCUGGAGGAUCCUUGCCACCGACAGCAGUAUAUGCUGCUCAUCCAUACCUACCUAUGGCCCUGGACUGUACCCAGACUGGCUCUGUUAACUUGCCCUUGGCACCCAGCAGUGGUAGUAGUGCAUCAGGUCCUCCUUCAGCUCCAUACCACUAUCCUGGACUGCCCACUUUCCCGCCAGGUACUUCGAGUAGCAGUGGGAGUAGUGGAGGGCAGCCGGGUGUUGUUGGGUAUGGCUACCCGGGUGGUUCACUGGUACCAGUGGUUUCUGGGGGCCCUGGUGUUAUGUAUGAAGGGGCGCGACCACCGGGGGGACAUCUCGAGCAGCCACAACCUCUGCCUAUGUCACAACCAGGAGCAGCGGCGGCAGCAGCAGCGGCAGCAGGAGCAGUGCGGGUGGGACACAGACAGAGCAGCAGUGGUGGUACAGGAGGUGGUGGUGGGGGCCCAGGUGGGGCAGGUGCAGGGGGUGAGGACAGCCCUAUGGUGGUGCAGCACAGCCCCCUAACCAGUCAUUAACGGCUGGGCUCACCUAGCAACCUGCUCAACAGUGUACUGUGAACAGUGGGCAGCCAGGCCCUGAACAGUGAGACUGACGAGAGCCUGGCCAGAGACAGCGCUAGGCCAGUGGCCACACUGUGGUGCAGGACCGUGUGUGCCUGUGUGAUGUGAGCCUGUGACACCCAGAGUGGAGGCUGGCGGGACCCCACCCACUUUCCAACGCAGCUGCCUGGCCCCCCCCCCCUUUCUCUGCUGGCACUGCUUUUAUCUUGUUAUUUAUUACCCGCUGGUGAGGAGGGACCGGCCGUAGGCUGCCCUGCAUGCUGGCUGCUGGGCUGCCUGAGGGCCGGGCUGGCUGCGUUGGCUAAUCCAGUCUCAGGAACUCCCUCCCCCACCGCCACCACCACAUCUAUAAUACCAUCAACCCCCCCCCCCCCCUCACUUCCCUCCCAUACUGACACUCCUCACACACCACAACUACGACAUCCACCAUAACAUCCAUCACCACAAUGCCUAUCAUGGAUGCAACCUUUGCAGCAGACACCUUCUUCAUACCCAUUUAAAGUAACAUCUAGUAAGCAUAAAUCUUGAUACUCUGUGGAUGACUUGGUUGCUGGCAGAUUAUUACUUCCCUAACCUUGCUGGUACAUGUUUUAUGCAACAUUUAUCCACCUCACACCUGGUUGAUGUGUUAUGAAAAUCAACCCUGUUAUCCUCCUACACCUUUUCUUGUAUCACAAAAUACACCCUCCCUUCCCCCCUCUGAAGCCCUCAGACAACCAGCAUAGCUCCCUCACCCUUAACACUCUCUGGUGCUUGAUAUAAGUACUAGAAACCUGCCUACACCCAGCUGGUGCAUCACCCACACAACAGACAACUCCCCCACACCCAGCUUGUGGCCAGCUGGACAAUGCUCACUCAGAUAGCAGCUUUUAGCAAAUGUAUAGUAUAUUCCAUUCUGUACUUCAGAACCAUAACUAUCAAAAUAUUGUCAUGAAGCAGUUUGCAUCUUUUUAACUCCUGCUAAAUCCAUUGAAUUUUCUGUCUGACCUAAUUCCCUAUCAACAUCAUGCCAAAGACCUCACAAUACCUUCAUUCCUAUAGUGUUUCCUCACCAGUUGUCUAACAGUUUAUGUAAUUUGGGGGACCCACCAUUGGCAUAUCAUUUGUGGUGAAUCUUUUAUGCCCUUCUUUAUUUCUUUAUUUUAUGAGAGUAUUUGCUCACUUUUUUAACUUUGCUUUUUAUAUACUUUUUUUUUUUUUAAGGAUAAUGGGGGUAUUUCUUUUAUAUACAGUUGAUUCCAUGGGUAUUGGUUUUUGUCAAUGAACCGAGUCUAAGUGGUUGCUAAGCAUCUUAAAAAUUUAAGUUUUGUAAUAUUCAAAGUUCCUGACUCUGUAGACUUAUAUUUUGGCCUGACAAUGGUAGUAAAUAUGUUAUAGCACGUCCCGAUUUUUAAUUCCGGUACAUAAUUAUGUAUUUUGAUCAACCUUGAGAGCAGGGGCAAGAAAGUCACCAGUAUUCACUCAACAUUUCCAAUAACUCCGGAAUAUAACUUUGACUUAAUUUGGCAUUUGGUGUUGAAAAAAGUAUUAAAUGUGUCAACUUAUUACAAUUAUGAAAUAUAUAAAACAGUGAAUGUGUAUAUUAUGUUUAUAUAUAUAUAUAUAUAUAUAUAUAUAUAUAUAUAUAUAUAUAUAUAUAUAUAUAUAUAUAUAUAUAUAUAUAUAUAUAUAUAUAUAUAUAUAUAUAUAUAUAUAUAAACAUAAUAUACUCGCGUAAUCAAUACGAUAAAAUCAAAUAACCAACUUGCUUUUUCAGUAACAUACCAUCACUGGUUAAAUGUGAGAGUUGAGCGCAGAAAGUGUAGCUAUUUCCCAGUAAGAAUUGAGGUGUCCUUUAAUAUUGUAAAGCUUGACAGCUUUAUCCUCUUGUGACUUGUAUCAUGUUCAUACAGCUUUUUUAGAAUUGAGUAUACAGUAUAUUUAUUUUUGUAGGAAAGGUUAACAGUUUAUUGUCAGUAUUCAGUCAGUGAAAACCUGUGUUUGUAAUGUAUUUAAAAGUAAUAUUUAUUUAUUUUAUACAUUAGUCAUCUUGCUAAAUGAAGUCAAGUAAAAAUCCAGUGUACAGUACAAUUGGGAAUCUUUUUUUUUUCUUUUUUGUUAUAUCGGUAUAUAAAGGUGCGAGACCAUACCAAUGGAAGAAUCAGGGUAUACCCCAUGUUUACUUUUGAGUUCUAUGUACUGUGUUCAGAUUGUUCUUUGUUGUUUCCUCUUUCUCUUAAGUGCUGACCUUUUUUUUUUUUCCAUCUUAUAGUGUUUGUCAUAGAGGGCAUUUAUUCUCUGGUUUAUUGUGAAUUAGAUUUGUAUGGUAUAUUAUUGUGAAUUUCUAGAGGAUGCCCCAAUUAGGUGUGUUUACUCAGGAGUUGAGAAAGCCUUAUGGAUGUGCAUUGUAAGGCUUGAAUGAGUGAAAUGUGAAGCAUUGUUAACAGAAGAAUAUGACAGUUGAAUAAGGCCCUUGUUCUUUUUAUUUUUAUUGUGUACAUUUGCUCACAGUGGCAUACCCUUUUUGUGAACGCAGAGCUCACUCACAGUCAGUGUGCGCGGUCCAUGAUGUGUACAUAGUCUAGUGGCUGUUGGGAGACAGGGUGGUAGGUCAAUGCCAGGCAGAAGGCAAGGUUAAAAGUUUUUUGGAUUUUCAAAUCAAAUUGCUUCCCACAUUUCUGGUGGGAUAAUUUACCCCCUUUUGAAAAUCCACAAAACUGGUGAACUGCCUCAGACCAGUUUUGUAAAGCAAGCAAAGAUGUUAUUAGUUGAGAGUUGUUGUAUCCAACCCACAACGGAACAAAGAUGGAGAGACUGUCCUCCUACCAUAUGACCUCAGUGCUCAGCGGCUUGGGGCUGCCUUUGAGGAUGGGGGCGUCAAGAGUGACCUGGUCCCGCCCUCGUAUGUGCUGUGUUGUGCCACUAUGGUGAUUUCUUGUAGCCAUUACCAUGUAGAGGACUCACAAAACCAGACUAUGGCAUAGAUUUUGCUCAUCUUGCAAGGAAUAUAGCAGACUCAAAUAAUUUCUUAAAUGAACUUUUUAUUGCUUUUUAAUUGGCCUGCAGUAGUAGCACUGUUAAAUUUUUAAAUUAUUUUUCAGCUUUUAGGUGGUUGUAUGAAAUUAAUCAGUGUAAUGUUAAAAUUUAUAAAGUACUUAUUGAGAAGUACUGUAGAUUUGUUUGUUACAUGCUUCAUAAAAUCAACAUCUGUGAUCAUCUUAGAGGAGGUCAGAUACUUGCAGAAUUUCUCUUUAUUCUAUGAAGGAAGAUUAGAAAUGCCCCCCUUUUUUAAGGUUCAUACCAUAUACUAUUUAACAAAACUGUAACUAAAUAAAGAUUCAAAUUUUGUAAUAAGUUUUCCAGUAUUAUCGAUUUCCACCUCAUAGAGCAAAGAGAAAUUAGUGUUUGUCCGCUCCCCCUUGUGGUUUGUUUGCUAGCAGCACGCUGCACACCACAGCUCAUUUAUAAACACUAGCUCUUUGCUCGCCAUCAUCUGGCUGUUUGAAUUCUCACAAUAUUUAAUUUUUUUUUUGAUUGUGUCAGAAAUUGAGUAACUUGUUUUGGAUCUUCACGUUUUAAAGUAUCCCUUGCAUUUUUAAAUUUGUACAAGAAUGCAGUGGCAGGUUAAAGAGAGUUGACAUGUAAUGUCAAUCCAAUAUUCUAGCCUCGUGAGAUCCAGUGGUGUGUUGUUUGCUACUGGUGUCCCAUAGGCCAUUGGUUGAUGUAUACCAUAGAUGUCUGCAUGCCUCGGGUUCACAGUAGACCUCUGGCUCGUCAUAUGCCAUUGCUGAUGGUGCGCUGUUCCAUCUUGAACACAGCACUGGCAGCCCCUUCCUUGAGAACCCCCACUCAAUGGCCACUAUAUAACCACAAAGAAGUCAACAAGGAUUAUGAUAUAAUACUUAUCACUCAAAGGCAAUUUUUAUUUUGCAAGUCAUUAAUUUAUUAGGUAAUAUUAAAUCAAAAAAUUUCAGCCAUAACUUUCAAAUGAAAGUAGCUACUAAUAAUUUCUACAGUAGUUCAACAGUAUUACAUUGAUAAUGUCUGUCCUCAUUAUCGUCUUUCAUUAUUUGUAAUACGGUGAAAAUAUAAAAAUGAAUUAUAAGGUAUCAUUCAAUGACUACCAAUAUUCCUCAAUAUCUAGUCAGGGAGGGAGGUUGGGAACGGAGAUGUGUGGCCAUUGGGUGACAUUGGGUUGGUAAGGGGAAGCUCUCAUUGGCUCGUAGACCCGUGGUGCUCCAUAGAGUGCGAGGUGCCACCGCCCUCAGGAACCUUCUCCUCAUCUUGUGUUGUGGUCAUCUAUUAUGGAUUCUUACAUUUGAAAUUAGGACUAUUAUCCCCGUUGUGAAAUAGAAGCGAGUCUUUACCAAAUGUAAUCCAUAAUGGUCGAUAGUGACACUUGUGCAACAGGCAAGGUAUAUUAGUCCAGUGCCAAAAUCCAAGGAAAACAUUUAGUUUUAUAAAGGUUCUUGACUUGAUAAAGGAAUGGCACAAGACAGGGUUUUCCUUGUACUGGAGGCUGGUAGUACCUUAGUGGGUGGCAUGAGCCAUGAACUGGGCACUUACACAUUGUUGGCAAAAAAAAAUUGUUGUUGGGGUCUUGAGAUCUAGACUAUGUUGAUUGAAUGUUAGGUAUACAGAAACAAUUUGGGGAGGAUUCAGUAUUUUAAACAAAAUAUAAAAUAUCUUAAUUGGUUUAAACAUUUCUGUAGUUUAAAAUAUUUACAUGUUUUCAAUUGUCCACCAGAGUUUGUUAUAUAAUAUCUUUUCACAGGUUAUCUUGCUUUGUUUACACACAUAGUAACAAGUCAGGUCAACAUGCCAAGAUCUCUCUACCCCUAUUGUAUUGUGAUGCAUUUUUCUCUGCGUGUGAUCCUGUUAAAGUGGUCUAUGUGAUGACGGAUAGUGAUGAAGAGUGAAUCUUUCAAAAACAGGUCAAAAUGAUUUCAUAGAUCUUAACAGACUUGUAUAAAUGAAGCUCCUUGCUGUGCAUUUGCUCAUAGCUGGGGGGAAAUGUUAGUUUAUAAUCAUAAGUUGUAGUCUUCAUAAUUUAUACAUACAGAGAUGAAUCAUUGGAGUAGAACAUUAGUUGUAGGGUCAUAAACAAAUUUGCCGAGAUAAUGAAGCCAGAGCCUUGUGUAUCAGCCUCUUGGUCGUAAACAGACAGUUAUGUCGUAAACAUUAAAUGUGAUGGUGGUAUGCUGUGUGACCUUGCAGUUCAGUGUUAUUCAUUGGAAUAUUGGUUAUACAAGAAUGAAGCAGGAAAAUCUGUGAUUACCCUUUUCUGCUUUAAAUUCCAAUCAGAAUUAUUUUUUUUCCCUCUUGUUUUUUUCACACAAUACCAAACUAAUCAGUGCCUCUUGUUAGCCCAGAAUUUUGUUAUGUAGUUAUAUCCUAAAUAAAUCCUGCUCUCCUUGUGUUUCAAAGAUGUAACAAUGUGCAUGAGUGUGGAAGAAUGAGAUUCACGGCUGAUAUACAAGGCUGGGCUCUCAUAGCAAGAGUUCCCUGGCUGCCUGACCAAACCUCUUAUCACUUCCUCACAGAAUUAGGAGAAAGAAUGGUGCUUAAAAGAAACAUUAGAAAACAAAUCUGGGAUUCAGGGAGAAGCAUGUUUUGGCAGUCUGAUGAGGAUAAGUGUGCAUGAGGGUUGGGAGGGCAGUUGCUGCUUCCCCAUUGGCUUGACCGGACCCCCAGAAGGGUCCAUGCUGCUGAUUCUUGGACCAACGAGGUCAACUUGCUAUUGCAACCGACCAAACCUGUGGUCUGACGCCGCUGUACCCGUUGCUACCCGUCUCCUAGACACAACUAGAACAAAACAAAUGUCUGCAACUUUGUUAUUAAAAAAAUAAAAUGAUACUAAUGA